AUGGUUGACCGGAAAAGAGUUUUGUCAAUUGACCCAGAUGAAGAGGACGAUGAAGAUGAUGUUUCACCAAACAAAAAGGUUAAACUAGAGCCAAAGGAGGUUAGGUCUACAGUAGUCAAGGACGAAAAUGAGCACGUCCGUUCUAAUGGGAAAUUGAAAGAAGAACAAGGAAGCAACGGAGAAAACAAGAAUGAGAAAAAUGGGCAUGUCAGAGGUAAAGGUGAAAGAGGAGGAGAAGAUGGAGAAGGAGAGGGAGAGGGAGAAGCAGGAGCAGAAGGAGAGGGAGAAGAUGAAGACGAGGAUGACGAGGAUGAAGAAGAAGAUGAUGAUGAUGAUGAUGAUGAUGAGGAGGCUGAAGAAGAGAGAAAAAGGAUAACACAGAUUAAUUUUGAUGGGGAAGUCUACACAUUCAAGGAGAGACCAUCGGUAAUAGAGGAGAAAGAGGGCAAAAUAGAAUUUAGAGUUGUUAACAACGACAACGCAAAGGAAAGCUUGAUAGUUCUAACGGGGCUCAAGAACAUUUUUCAAAAGCAAUUGCCCAAAAUGCCUCGAGAGUAUAUUUCUCGGUUGGUGUACGACCGAUCGCACCUUUCAAUGGCAGUGGUUCGUAAACCGCUCACAGUUGUUGGCGGUAUUACAUAUCGACCUUUUAAUAAUCGCGAAUUUGCCGAGAUUGUUUUUUGUGCGAUAUCGUCAACGGAGCAAGUACGUGGCUAUGGUGCACAUUUGAUGAAUCAUCUAAAGGACUAUGUACGAGCGACUUCGCCAAUUAAGUAUUUCUUGACGUACGCAGAUAACUAUGCGAUUGGGUAUUUCAAAAAACAGGGUUUUACCAAGGAAGUUACUCUUGAUAAAUCGAUAUGGAUGGGGUAUAUAAAAGAUUACGAAGGUGGUACGCUAAUGCAAUGCUCGAUGCUUCCGCCAAUUCUCAGAUACUUGGAUCUGGGCAAAAUUUUACUUCUACAAAAGGCAGCAAUUGAGCGUAAAAUUAAGCUGCGAUCAAAAUCAAAUGUUGUUCGAGCUGGCUUACAAAUUUUUAAAACAAACAAAAACAUAACUCUCGAUUAUAAGGAUAUUCCAGGAUUAAUAGAAGCUGGAUGGCUGGAAGAAAUGGAUAAGUUGGCCCAGAAACCUAAACGAGGCCCUCAUUAUAAUUUCAUGGUCACCUUAUUCUCGGAAAUGCAGAAUCAUCCAUCGGCUUGGCCAUUUGCCGUGCCUGUUAACAAAGACGAGGUUCCCGAUUACUAUGAGGUUAUUAAGGAACCAAUGGACCUAUCAACAAUGGAACUGAAGCUAGAAAAUGACAAGUACGAGUCAUUUGACCAAUUCUUGUAUGACGCAAGACUCAUCUUCAAAAAUUGUAGAUCUUACAAUGGCGAGACUACAACGUAUUAUAAAAACGCAAACAAGUUGGAAAAGUUUAUGAAUAACAAGAUUAAAGAUAGUGCAGAGUAUUCUCAUUUUCUAGAGUAG